AUGUCGCAGGCCGAGCGAUCGCGCGCGGUCGCCGCGCGCCGCCCGGACGCGCCUCUCCACCUCGUCUUCGUGCCAUUCCUCGCGCGCAGCCACUUCGCCCCGCUCGCGGCCAAGGCGGCGGCCUCCUCCGCAGCCGCCCGCGAAGAGCACGAGGUCGCCGCCGCCACCGCCACCACGGCUGCCAUCGUCACCACGGCACACUUCGCGGCCCUCGCGCCGGCGUCCGUGCCGGUCCACGCGGCGCCGCUCCGCUGCCCCGGCGGGCACGAGGACUUCUCCCUCCUCCCGGACGAGGCCUCCUUCGCACCGACCUUUUUCGCCGCCGCGGAGGCCGCCCUGGCCCCGGCGCUCACCGCCGCCAUCCGCGCCCACGACGGCCGCAGGCCCGUGGCGGUCGUCUCGGACGCCGUGCUCUACUGGGCGCCGCGAGUCGCGCGCGACUGCGGCGUGCCGCACGUCACGUUCCACACUAUCGGCGCCUUCGCCGCGGCGGCUAUGGUCGCGCUCCAUCUCUACCGUCCCGAGGUGGUGCUCACGGGCCCGUUCGCGGUCCCCGGCGGCUUCCCGCACCCCGUGAGGGUCAACAGGGCGCAGGUCAACGAGGAGGCGCUGGCGAACCUCCCUCUCUUCCGUGCCGCGGAGGCCCAGAGCUGCGCCGUCGUGUUUAACAGCGUCUCCGCGCUCGAGUCCGACUUCGCCGCGUACUACCAGAGCCAGCUCGCCGGGACGCCCAAGAAAGUGUUCCUCGUCGGCCCCACGCGCGCCGCGGUGUCUCCACCUCCACGCGCCGUCACGGAGCGGGACCCGAUUCUGCAGUGGCUCGACGGCCGGGACUCGGGGACGGUGGUGUACGUGUGCUUCGGGAGCACGUGCGCGCUAGGCGAGAGCCAGCUCCGUGAGCUGGCCGCCGGGCUGCGCGCGUCGGGCCGGCCGUUCGUCUGUACGAUCCCGACGCCGCCCCGCGGGGAUGGCACUGGCAGCUGCACGGAGCGGGAGGAGCGCGCGUCCAGCCACGGCAUGGUGGUGGCCCGGCGGUGGGCGCCGCAGGCGGAGAUCCUGGCGCACCACGCGGUGGGCGGCUUCGUCACGCACUGCGGCUGGAACUCGGUGCUGGAGGCCGUGUCCGCCGGAGUCCCGCUCGCGACGUGGCCGCUCCGCGCGGAGCAGUUCCUGAACGAGGUGUUCCUCGUGGAGGUGCUCCGCGUGGGCGUGCGGGUGCGGGAGGUGGCGCGCGAGUCGGACCUGGAGGCCGUGGUGCCGGCUGACGCGGUAGCGCGCGCCGUGGGAAGGCUCAUGGGCGGCGAUGGCCAGGACGAGGAGGCGGUCGCAGCGAGGAGAGCCAGAUCCAGGGAGCUCGCGGCCGCGGCGCGGGCGGCCGUGGCGGAGGGCGGUUCGUCCUGUGGUGACUGGGCACGGCUGGUAUAUGAGCUCAAGUCGUUCCACGGCCGCGACAGCGAUCCACAGACGUGA